UGUUCAUGCGCUCCCUCCCUUUCCUCAGUGUCCUCUCACCAGAUCAGCGGAGCUCAGGAGGCGAUUUCAGCCACUUGAUUUAUUAGUCAUUGCUGGUUGUUGGAACAAGCUAAUUAAAAGGAGGACGGGAGUGUGUUUGUAUGUGUGUGUGUGUGUGUGUGUGUGAGUGAGGGUGUGUGUGGAUGAUUUGGAGACAGAGACACUGCUGUUGCUGCUGCUGUCUCUCCUACUGCUCUCUCACCCUCUUGACUGUGGACCGAUAGGCAGCGGGAGAAGAGGAGGAGGAGGAAGAAACAAGAGACACGCAGCUGGCUGGAGGAGCAUUUUCACACCACUUUACCAUCAUUUGCUCUGACAUGGUCAGCACAUAGGAAUCCGGUGCUACGGCAACCGUCAGCUUGGCUGCAAGGUAUCCAAGGAUAAGGAGACAGAGAACCAGGCUGGUUGAAAGAAGGAGAGUACGAUGGCAAUGGAGGAGAAGCCGGGUGUGAAGAGCAGCAGCUCCAUCGUUCCCUGCUUCCUGUUUGUGGAGCUGGUGAUCAUGGCUGGGACGGUGUUACUGGCUUACUACUUCGAGUAUACGGACACCUUUCCUGUUCACGUUCAGGGCUUCUUCUGCUACGACAAGACCUUCUCUAAGCCCUAUCCAGGUCCGGAUGACACCAGCAAGAUCCCCCCAGUGCUCAUCUACUCACUCGUUACAGCCAUCCCCACCCUCACGAUUCUUGUCGGAGAGCUGUGCGCCUUCUUCACCAGGGCGGAGGGAACCCAGGAGAAGACCAUCGUCACUGCAGACUGCUGCUACUUCAACCCUCUUCUCAGACGCAUAGUACGCUUCCUGGGUGUCUAUGCCUUCGGCCUGUUUACCACCACCAUUUUCGCCAGUGCUGGUCAAGUGGUGACAGGAAACCAAACGCCUCACUUCCUGUCCGCCUGCCGACCAAACUACACAGCGUUAGGCUGCCAGUCGACCAUGCAGUACAUCACGGAGCGCCGCGCCUGCACGGGCAACCCACUGAUUGUCGUGUCUGCACGUAAAUCCUUCCCAUCUAAGGACGCAGCGCUCAGCGUGUACUCCGCAGUGUACACAGCGAUGUACGUAACCCUGGUGUUCAAGACCAAAGGUACACGACUCACCAAGCCCACCAUCAGCCUCACACUGCUCUGCCUGGCCAUGCUGGUCGGUGUGGUCAGGGUGGCCGAGUACCGCAACCACUGGUCCGACGUCCUGGCAGGAUUCUUCACAGGAGGAGCCAUUGCUGUGUUCUUGGUGACUUGUGUGAUUAACAACUUCCAGCAGUUGCUUCCCAGUCCGCCUACGCUGCGACCCCAACGCCCAGAGUCGGUGCUGGGCAUGCCAAUGGUGACGCUGCCCUGCGUGGAGAGUCCACUUGAAAAGUUAAGUGGCUCUCAGACUCCACGGAGAUCUCCGUUCACCGAGGUCACAUGACCAUCAGCCCUAUCGGUUUCCCGCCACCCCCGAUGUCCUCAUACCGUCUCACUCCAUUUCCAGCGAAGUCUAGACCAACCGGAGCAGCAUUCGCCACGUUGCACCGCCCAUCUGGCCGGGCGACAUGCGACGUUGCACCGCUCUUACUCCACGCAGGUCUAGACCUCACUUAACACACCACCUUUGCCCUCUCAACCAUCAGGGAACCGAUAGGCAAAUCUUCAAAGACUCUCUUUGCUGGGCAUCCAGUGAAGUACUGUGAAUUGUCAGUCCAGAGUCAGGUACAUCUAUUUAGUGCUUUAUUUAUUUAUUUUAACCUUUUUUCAUAUAACGCAGUCACAUGAAGCUCGCUUUUAUCUUCUGUUGUGAACUCUGGAGGGAAAACAAACAUCAAAUUGUGACUACCAAGAAUGUCCUCUGCUUUGUUUAUGUUUGUUUUGUGUGAAUGAAUUUGUGCCCGUUCAAAGGAUGCAGCGGCUGAAAGUAAAAGCGGACUUCCUCAAUGUUGCUUUGGAGUACGCUGCUGAGAGGAGUGGGGAAGGUGGCCAUGAUGGACCAAAGAAAUCUGCGGCAGGAAAUGCAUGCUGCUGAGAUUUAUCUGUGAAAACAUACCCAGGUGCCACCUCAGGUGAUUAACAGGUCACUGGAAGGAAACAGAAAUGUCUAAAAGCCCAUUUACUCUCCACCCAAAAGAUGAAGACGCAGACAGACAGUUUUGGUCGUCUCCUGCGUUGGUUAUUGUUCCGUUUUCAGGGACCUUAGCUUUCCAUCACUUGAUGCUUAUCUCUGGAAAUCACAGUAGCAGUGCUAAGCGGAAUAGCUAAGGUGAGACAAGCAAAAGAAAUAAACCAGAGAAGAAGAAGAGGAUCAGGAAGGGAACAGAAAGGCAGAAGAAUAAUUAAGACAAGGACAACUGUAGAAACAGUAUUUACAGGGCAUAAAUUAUUAAAGUUGUACAUCUAAAAAAAGUAAGUAAAGUAACCUACAGUAUGAAAAAAUGGAGAUGUAUUGCCUCUAACCUGUCCUAUUAUGUAUAGGAAUUUAUAAUAAUGAGGAGAAAGAGAGAUAUUUCUUACUUGUUUUAAAAGAGGAAGGACACAGAUCAGGCUGAGACAGACCCCAGUAUCAGAAGCUUACAGCUGUCAAUGUGGAACUAGCUAUGGACCUUUUUGAACUUGUUGACAAUAUUUCCACUUAGUGAUCCAGAUUACUAAUGUAAAGAUGUUAUAUUUUAAUGUGACCACAGUUAUUACAGCCAUGUACGAAAGUGUGUGUGUUAGAGAGAGGAGCACAAUUGUUUCCUUUUUUAGUAAAUGCCCCCCCCUGAUAAAGUCUUGCCCCCCUCUGGCCACCCCAUGUAUAAAAGUCUAGCUCCACCACUGGCUCACACACAAACAGAUACGUGCUCACUAUUUCCCUCCUGCUUCACCUUCUCACAUCCUCCUAAUCCCAUUUCACGCACACACACACCUCUACCUUGAGUAGCAGCGCUCUAUUCAGCUCUGCAUGAGGUUUACUGCGAUCAAAGGACCUGUUUCAAAUCUCUCAGCAGAGGCACAAACAGGAUGAAAGUGCAGAUAUCUCCACUCACUUCUUUUUCAUGUAAUGUUUUUCUUUUUUUUUCCUGUUGGAUGGUUGCAAUUUGGCCAAAUUUCAAUGUCGAAUAGCUCAAAACCAAACUAUCGACUGCAGGCCCAAAGGCAAGCCAAAUAAAGUGCAUCACAUUUAGGGCCAAUUUUCUCUUCUUUUAUUUUUAUUUUUUUUGUCUUUUUGGACAAGAAGCCUUGAUUUGAACAUUGUAUGUGAUGCCAAAUGACUUUUUUCAUUUCUUUUGUUUGUUUUAAUCGUCUUACUUUUUCUACUGUGUAACUUAUAAUGAUUCAUUCUUAAGAUUUAUCACGAGGUUUUUUUUUGAAUAUGUAAAUACUGUGUAGAUACAGGAAACGUCACAUGUUGGCGUGACAGUUUUGCUGGUUUUGAUUUGCACACUCCCCCCCCACCCUUUUUCUUUCUUGACAAACGUUUUGCAGGGUCAGAUGAUCUCUUUUUUGUGGCGUGGGCUAUAACACAUCACUCUACUGUGAAAUGUUUCCCUCUGCUGGACAACACACACACACACACACACACACACACACACACACACACACACACUCACAGACAGAAUCACACAAACACGUGAAAAAAAAAACAGUUUUUUUUGUUUUGUUUUUUUACAGAGCACAGGUUUGUGAAAGCACAAAAAAGGGGUACAAUCAGACUUAUGUUCCCUAACCUCCUUGUUAUUGUACCUUCCUUUCCCUUAAUCUACUUUCACUGAGGCUUGUUUGUAUGAUAUUGUAAAUAGAUCCUUUUUGUACCGAGAGUGUGAUUUUUACACAGGCAUCGCACAGAAUCAGUGUGGACACUGGGAAAAAUCUGGUAUUUGUUAUGAUGACAGAAACGUGUGAUGGUGCUGUAUCACUCGAAACAAAAACAAAAAUCAUAUUUGGAGAACUGGUAAAAUUCCCAAAUGAUUCACUCUUUGUAUCAAGCUGCUCACUGGACUCAGCAUGUUAAGGAUUUUUAGAUUUUCUUUAUAAACUUUAUAACUUCAGGGCUUUUCAGUUUCAGAUUUUCUUAGGGUUGGGCGUUAUGUUGAUAUUUUGAUUUACACAUAAUUUCUUUCUCAAACAAGAUAUGAAAUAGAAAAUUUGUAGUCAUGUCACUCUUUGUUGCUCCAUCUUGAAAGGAUUGUUUUUUUUACUCCUUUUGUCGUCCGGUUUUGUUUGGCUAAAAAUGGUUAAAUCAGGCAGAUAUGGGAAAAGACUACAAGAAGUUAAAGGAGAGAUAAAAUAAAACUUACCCGUCUAGAUUCAUUCUUUGUGUUCAAUGCAAGCUCUGAACGUUAACCAGAGGAUUUGUGCCAAAAUCUUAUAACUUGUAAAAUCUGUCUCUUUUUGUUAAUUUGAUUAGAAUAAAUUAAAUGCAAUACCUC